GGCGGGGACGGCGACGCGCGGAUCAGCAUGCGGAUCGACCCGGACUUGCUCGACUGUUCCAUCUGCUUCGAGCCCCUCUGCCCUCCGCUCUACCAGUGCCAAAAUGGCCAUGUUGCAUGCAUCUCCUGCUGGUCAAGGCUCAACAACAAGUGCCAUGUCUGUUCUAACAACGCUAUCUUCACGCGAAACAUCGCGCUGGAAAAGAUUGUUGAGUCCGUCAAGUCCUCAUGCGCAUACGCCAAGUGGGGCUGCUGCAACCUGGUUAGCUAUGCACAGAGAAGCACCCACGAAGAAGCUUGCCUCUUUGCUCCUUCGACAUGCCCUAUUCCUGGAUGUGGAUAUAGAGGCUUCACUGGAUGUUGGUCAGGCCACUUCCUUGUUGACCAUAGUGCUGAUUUCUUGCAUUUCGUCUAUGACCAGCCCUUUGAAGUGAAUCUGGAGGUGUCCCUGCCUUUUCUAGUUCUUCUUGGAGAGGACGAUCACCUCUUCCUGCUCCUGAACAAGAACAUGAUGCCCUUUGGGUACGCAUUUACGGUGGUUUGCCUGAGGACUGGUAAUCUGAAUUGGAAGUUCUCCUACGGAAUUAAAGCGGCUAGUAAGGGGAACUCUGAAAACUGCCUGCAGCUGAAGGCUUCUGUGAAAAAUACAAAGGACUGGGGUGGUGUGCACCCUGCAGAAGCAUUUCUUCUUGUUCCAUAUGAUUUCUGCGGUUCUGCUAGCCUAACACUCGAUGUCUCUGUUGCGAGGUCUUCUUGUGUAUGAUGUGAAUAUGCCGUGUCCUCUUCUCCAUCCUCUGAAAUGUAAAAAAGUUUGUAGGAGUGUAAAUUUAUUAUGUAAAGUAGUUUCAGCAUGUACAUGUAUAUGUAAAAGCACCGGUUCGAGCUGCCUAUUAAUAUAUUCUAAAUCGCUAGCUUAUAUUU